AUGGACAAGAGAAUAGGAUUCAAUCAAGGAGAUGCACUGUGUUCCCUUUCUCUGUCUUCUCUCACCAAGGAUGAGAAUGCAGCUGUGCCUUGGCAUUGUUCAUUCAUUAUAAAGAAUCUAAUGGAUAUCCUAGGGAUGGAGGAAGAAGAGAGGCUUCUGUGUCCAAACAUUCCACCUAUUGAGGCAGAUGAUGUAGGAGAAGAUAACUUUGAGAGUUUUGAAGUAGCAGAAACCUCUGCAGUAGCUGGAGCAGCAGCAGAAGAAACCGAUGAUGAAGAUGAUUCCAUAACUGAACCUGUAAACAGAAAAGAACAGGAUGAACUCAUCAGUCGCUUAAUGACAGAUGGAAUGUCAUUUACAGAGGUUGCAGCACUAUUGGGAGAAGAUGCUGAUGUUGAUAGCGAUGUUGAAGAUUCCUUAUCAGUUACCCAGGAGCCUGAAUGUCCUGGAGAAGACCACGCAGCAGAAUUUGAAAAAGAGCUUAAUGAGCAACAGAGGUGA